GGGGUGGAGGUGGGGAGGGACCUCUCCGCUUAGCCACCCGUGGGCCCCGGAGGCAGGGACCCUGUCUGGUCCCCGUGUCGCCGCGGAGAGAACCAGGCCCUGCCUGGAGAAGCCCCCCCCCGUGUCAUGGAGGGGGCGCUCCUAGCCCUGUGGGCCCUGCUGGCAGGCUCGGACGCAGACCGGCUCUGGCGCGGCCCCAGGGCCGCCCCACGGGGCCUCGCGGGCGGCACCACACAGCCAGGCGUGAACCUGACCUGCUACCAGUGCUUCAAAGUCGCCAGCGAGGCGCUGUGCCUGCCCACCGCGUGCUCCCCCAAGGACCGGGUCUGUGUCUCUCACACGCUGACCUUCUCUCUGCAAUCGAGGGUGAAGGUUUCUCUCAGCAAGCGCUGCGCCCCGCGGUGCCCCAACGCCAACACGGCGUACGAGUGGCUCUCAGACACCCGGGUGCUCGGCCGGAUCGACCGGCAGUGCUGCGACCACAGCCUCUGCAACAGGGCGCCCCCGGCCCCAGGGCGGCCCUGGGCCCUGCGGGGGGCGCUGCUGCUCCCGCUGGGCCUCGCCCUCCCCGGGGCCCUGCUCUGAGCACCCUCCCUCGCCCUGCCAGCGCCCCCGUCCGCCCACCUCCGCCUGGGCCCCGCCUCCCUCUCCGCCCCACUGGGUGCGACGUGCGCUUCCGAGGGGUGGGUGUCACCACGGUGAGGGGCGGGGCGGGGCGGGGCGGGAAGAGCCUGGACUAGGCCGGGCGGUGGCUCCAGCCCUGACUCUGGCUCCAACCAGCUGUGUCCCCGUGGCCAACCUCCCCUGGUCCCGGCCCCCUGUGUCCAAGGGGGAUCGGGCAGAGUCACGCUGUGUGUGGGACGAUGACCUCCACUCCUUCCAGAGACAAUAAACUGCCUGUUCAAGCGCA